AUGAAGGAUUUGAAUGUUAUUAAUAAGCUUUUAUCAUCAAAUAAUGAAAUGAAUAAAAAAAAUAAUGAUAGUGAUAAUUGUAUUGUGGUAGAAGAUGAAAUAGAUCAAAAUAAUGGUGAAGGAGUGUUGGAAGAAAGGAGAGAAAAAGAUGAAGUUGAUGAUUAUAUUUUGAAUGAAAAUAAUACAAAUGAUGAUAAUAAUUAUAAUUAUCAUGAGGAUAAUGAGGGUGAUUAUGAGGAGGAUUAUGAUAAUGAUGAAGAAUACUAUGAUGAUGAAUAUAAAUUUGAAAAUGUUCAAAGAAAAGAAAUAUUUUUAAAUAUUGAUAAAAUUGGUUUUUAUGAACUAGUCUUAAAACAACUUUUAGAUGACAACCUAAUAGAAUCAUAUAAUAUGAUGAGGGCAGAGUUAAAUAAUUUGGAAGAAAAUAAAAAUGUAAAAGGUGAUUUUCUUUUUAACAUGUAUUUAAAAAGUGAUAAAUUAAAUUUUUUCCAAUUUCUUAAAAGGGAAAAAUAUUAUAAAAAAGAUAAAAACGUGGAUGAUGAAGAAAUCAAAAGGGAAGAUAAGGAAAAGGUUAAGAAGGAAGAAAAAGAAAAGGAUGAACAAGAAGACGAUGAAAAAAAAUAUAAUAAUGAUGAAAAUGAUGAUAAUAAUAUUGAUAAUAUUAACAAUAAUGACAAUAUUAACAAUAAUGACAAUAAUGACAAUUAUAACAAUAAUAACAAUAAUAACAAUUAUAACAAUUAUAACAAUAAUGAUAAUAAUAGUGAUGAGGAACAAUAUCACAUUGAUAAUGUAUCGAAUGAUGAUCCCAAUAUAUUAAAAAAAUUAAUAGAUAACAACCUUCUAAAGAAAAAACUAAAAAUGUAUAAUAAUAACAAUUUUAUAUUAAAUUACGAUGUUAAUAGCGAAAGAGUAAGAAGGACCUUUUCUUAUGAAGUAAAUGAUCAAAUUGAAUUAAUACACAAAAACAAAUGUUUAUGUUGUGAUAUAAAUUAUAAUAAUACCAUAUUAUGUUCAGGUGGUUCAGAUAACAUAGUAAAGAUAUCAAAAAUGUAUGAUAUAAAAAAUAAAAAAAAAAUUUAUAAUAUUGAUAAGCAUAAAGGAAAAGUGAAUUGUAUAAAUUUCCAUCCAUUUAAAAAUAUAUUAUUUUCUGGAAGUGAUGAUUGUACAAUACAAAUAAUAGAUGUAAAUAAAAUAUUUAAGAUGAAAAAACAAAAUUAUUAUAUACGUAAAGAAUUUGAAGAAUCAUAUCAAAAUAUAUCUAUUCAAGAUAAAAAUCCAUAUAUAUCUUUGUAUGUACAUCCAUGUGGCGAUUUUUUAUAUGCUAGUAAUAAAAAUGAAAACAUAUUAAAAAUGUAUGAUUUAGAAACAUUAACUUGUUUUACAUCAAUAGAUACAUAUAAAUAUCAUACAUCACAAAUUAAUGAUAUCCAUGGUACUAUAGAUGGUACAAUGUAUUCAUCUGUUAGUGAUGAUGGUCAUAUUAAAAUUUGGGAUGGUCAUAAUUCAAAAUUAGUACAUACACAAUUUAAUGCUCAUAAUGGAUAUUCAAUUGAAUCAGUUAAAUUUAAUAAAUCAGGAUUUUAUAUGUUAACAGCAGGAUUAGAUGGACAAAGUAAAAUUUGGGAUUUAAGAAAUUUCAAAUCCUUAUUUACUUUUGGUAAUGGUUUAUCAUGUUCAUCUAAUAAAAGUAUAUUUAUGAACAAUGAAUAUUUUAUAGCUAAUAUAAUUCAACCCAAUGAAUAUUUUAAAUCUCAAUUAUAUAUAUAUAAUGCUUAUUUUGGAAAUAUGGAAUAUAAUAUACAAAAUAUACAUAAUGAUAAAAUAUCUGACAUAACAAAUGCAACAGGUUUAUUGAGUGUGUAUACAACAGGAUAUGAUUGUUUAUGUAAACAUAUUCAAAUUGAGCAAAAAUAUUUGUCAACACUUAAUUAG